UUAUAAAAUGGGGAGCUAAAUGCCCUGUAAAUUGUAAUCUCAGAAAAACAAGACAUCUUUGCUGCUCGGAGAAUCACUCUUCGUCUAAAUUUCUGGAAAGAACCAUGACGUCGGGAGCCAGGUGGAAACCUGAAUACCCCAGAGCCUCGUGGCAACCUGAAUACCACAAAAUAUUUGUGGAGUUAUGCGUCGAGCACAAGGGGUCGGGGCAUCUACCUGGGAUGCAGCAUCUACUGACAACUUUUGUGGAAAAGACGGGAGCGAGGUUCACCAUAAACCAGCUUAAGAAUCAUUAUGAUACAAUGCUCAAGCAGUGGAAGGUAUGGUUAAGACUGAUUCAAUGCAGAGAUAUGAAAUGGGAUCCCCAGACAAAAACGUUUGGUGCCACUGAUCAAGACUGGGCCAACUACAUACAGGUGAAUCGUGAGGCUCAGCCGUAUUGGAAGAAGUCGCCUCCAUUGUUCUUGGAGGAACUAGAGAUUAUCUUUGAAGGUGUUAACUUAUAUGGUGAAGGUACUUCAUCAGAUAGCAGAAAAAGGGAGCGUGAUGAAGGAAAUGAUGCUGGAGAUGAAGCCAGCUUAAGCGCACCUAGCAUCGGGCAUCCUCGGACUUUAUGGUCGUCGACCUCACAUGAUAUUUUUGUGGAUUUGUUGUUCCAAGAGUCAUCAAAGAUAAGAAAACCAACCAGACUUCACGAAACUUAUCCAAAGGAAACUUGGGAUAAGAUGGUUGAUGCCAUCAAUCUUGAAACAGGAGCAAGCUUCACAAGAGGUCAGCUCAAGAACCGCUGGGCUGUCACAAGGCAAGAAUGGAGGUACUGGUGUCAGGCUAUUGGCGCUCCCAUCUUGAAGUGGGACUCCAAUACAGAAAAGUUCGGAGCAACCGACGAGGACUGGGAAAACUUCUUGAAGUUGAAUUCCAAAGCUGCAAUGUUCAGAUGGAAAACUAUUCCUCACGCUAAAAAGCUAGCAACUAUCUUCAAAGGACGUGUUGAACCUGGAAAUACCCAAGUCCGUUCUUAUCGCAGGAGGGUGAUGAAUCAUUCCUAUGAAGCACCACAGUUACAUGAACCAGCUCCAUCAUCAGCAGUCAACACACAGGAGCCAGUCACAGGAGGAAGGGACGACAGAGCAGGAAAAAAUGUUGACAAGGAUCAUGAGCCUAUUGAGGUGGUUGUGUUAGAUUCAGAGGAUGAAACUGAAACCCCGGUAUGUCACAGGUUCAAUACAGAGAUGAAGGGGAAGAGUCCUGUGGAUGCAUCGACAUCGGUCCAGAAAUACGACUAUACCAUUCCGGAAUGCAUGGAGUGUUUGGACGCCAUGGCUGAGCUUAAGAAAGGCAGUGAGCUUUACAUGUUUGCCUUGGACAUGUUAAUGGUGAAAGAGCACAGACAAAUCUUCUUGCUGUUGAAGACCUCGACUUUAAGAAUGUCUUGGCUGAACCAUCGUCGACGCAGUGUGUAAGAUCAUAUCUCCAAAACUUCUGAUGAUGCUUAUCAUCUCUAUCUAUCUUUUCGAGAAAAAACUGUUUAAGUUUCUCAUGUUGUGUUGUUCUUGGUUGUUCCUUCUUCCUUUUCCAAAACUCUAUUCCUUCUUCCUUUUCCAAAACUCUAUUCCUUCUUCCUUUUCUUAA